AUGUUUCUCUUUGACGCAUUAUUUGAUGGCAAGACCGCUGAGCCCUACUGGUUCAAAAGUAUUCGCAUUAUUGUUGCAUUCGGGUUGACAAUUGCAAUUUUAUUUUAUUCAUUUGUACAAGCCAGUAGUCUACUAAGUUCCAACCAAUUUAUUGUAGAAAUAAAAGAAAGCAUUGAUGUUAUUUUAACAAUGCCAGACAUUAUUCUCUGUGCGCAUAAUUUAUCAAAUUAUACGUGCAGUAGUAGAACUUGUAUAGAAGUCGAGAAUUCAUAUUUCGAUUACGAAGGCUGCAAACUAUUUCAAUUAAAUGAAUCCAUAACGGUUUUUGAUGUCACCUUAGGGAGUAUUUCAUCUACAGCCAAUUUUUCAUUUGAUCUGAAUGAAUACAUGGAUACUGAAUUAUUAAUGGCCUCACAUUCCGAUAAUUUCCUAAUGAACGAUUCUAUUCUUCAAAUGAUUUCGGAUCACCAAUUAUACGUGAGAUUUGGAAGAAUGGCAAUUAAUAAUGAUGAUAUGAAAGCAUUCUAUGACACACCUUCAUCAUUCAUCUUUGAAUCGGGAGAUUGCUCUAUUAUAACAAUUUCUCCAAUGAUUAAGCAAUCAUAUUAUGCAUUUUUUUUUGCCGCUUUGGGCUACUCAUACCAAAAAAGCGAAUUAUAUCUAAACCCCACUAUCACAACACUUCCAAAAAUUUCUGGUGAGAGACAGAUUCAAUUUGGCAUAACAGUAAAAAGGUUAAAAAGAAAAGAUUUGGACUCAUAUGGUUUUAAACUCCGAUACGAAAAUGAGAAUUUUAAUUAUUCCGUUGGAAAUAUCAUAUCUAAGAUCGGCGGUUUCUACGUUGCUUUGAGUUCUAUUUACAUUUUAUUGUUUGGAAUGGCAAAAUUGUCUCCAUGCUUAAAGAACAGUCUAGCAAAACGAUAUAUAACGUUUUCAGGAAUUCCCUUAUCACAAAGGGUAUCGAAUAGACGCAACAACGCUACAUUAGAAGACCGCGUACAAAUGUUGGAAACGAUUUUGCAAGAUUAUUAUCUUGACAAUUAUCAGUGGGAGCUCUUGAGAAAAGGAAGAGUGAAAUAUGACCGAUGGCAGCGCAAAUAUAAUGAAAUGACGAAGGAAAUAGAAACAGAUGAAUUAAUUAAAACGGAUGAGUUAUUAAAUAAUACUGAUACAAAUUAG